UAUGAAAAUAAAUUGAAUUUAAUAUGAUGUUCAAAACAUUACUAUUUAAAGAUGUGUGAGGACGAAGAAGAUGACGUCAUAAUACAAAUGACCACAAUCUGUCAAAUCAAGAGUAAGUGGUAGAUCCAUACUCUGGUUGUUUAAGGAGAGCUAACUUUGUAAUACUCCCUGAGAAUAUAAAAGUCACCCAUGAACGGCCAAUUUUAAAACAGCCUGUGGUCCUCCAAGCCUGCAGAGAGCGCUAAUCCAUCGGAAAGGCAAAAACUAAAAGUGGGCGUCUUAAAAAUACAGUAUUUGUUUACAGUCGGGAAGGGGAGGAUGGACGGUCUGAGGCAGAGCUCCGUCUUGCACAGGGCUCUUUCCCGGCCGAGUUCUGCCUUCUCCUCCAGUGACAGCACGAAGACCUGCGGCGGGCCGCUGUAUCUGCUGGCCAUAGACCGGUACCUGCGCGACCUGGAGUUCUCCGCUCACUUCCCGCAGGCGACCAGCGCCUCCGACUGCCUCUACGACGUCACGCUGAGCGAUGGGCACUGCAAGAUCCGCGCCAGCCUGCACCCCAGCCUGAACCGCCUGGCGGAGAGGAACGAGCUGCGAAGCGGCUGUCAGCUGCGCCGGGUGACGUUCGCCCCGGCGGCCGCGGAGACGGGCGAGGAGGGCGGCUGCCGGGGCUAUCACGUCGUGAGCCUGGAGGUGCACCGGGAGGCGGGGGUCGCCGCUGGGCUGGCGGCGUUCAGCGCCGUGCAGGUGGACGCGAUCCCCUGGUACGGCGUGGAGGGAGAUGGCCAGCCGCGCGUCGCCCCCCUCAGGGCGAGAAGAUGCUGCUACCUGCCGCUGUGGAACAACGUGGGUCUGCGGGGCGAAGUGUGGAGCAAGGCGCCUCCGUCUGACUCGGAUGACACGCCCCCGCCAAGCUGGACACGAGACCUCCAGCCAGUCGCUCUGUCCAAGCUCCGCAGGGCCUUCUUCAGCGGGGCCCGACCCAGGCCCGGCGCCCUCGUCGUGCGUGUGCUGAGGAAGUCCCACCUCUUCCACUACGGCCGGCCGGACAAGAACUGCGAGUGUCCGUACCAGGCCACGCUGGAGGUCGCGGACGCCACGGCCCAGGCCGCCGUCGUGCUGUGGAACUCCCUCUGCCUGGACUGGUACCGCAGCCUGGAGCCGGGCCUGGUGCUGCGGCUCCGCAACUACCGGGUCAAAGAGAGCUACUCCAGCCGGACGGGCAACUCUGCGGAGCAGGGCAUCGAAAUCAGCCUGAACUCCCGGAACCCUGCGGCAGCCAUCACUGUGAUCCCGGAGGAAGAGCAGCAGCGCCGGUGGAAGCUUCCUGCACUGACUUUUAACUUCCUGAACAGCAGCGAACUGGCCGGCUGUCAGGGUGACCAAAGGUGUGACGUCAUCGGCCUGGUGACGUUUGUUGGGCGGCCAGAGCGCAUAAGAGCCAAAGGGCACGGGACGGGGGAAUUCCUGCAGUACCGCUGGCUGACGCUGGAGGACGGGACGGGGGACCAUCCCAUCACCGUGCAGCUGUUCGCCACCUCACAGCCCGACCUCCAGGCCCUGAUCUACCCCAUGUCGCUGUUGGUGUGCACUAACCUCAGGGUGGUGCAGACGGCCCCCGGCCCCAGCAUGCUGUACCUCACCAACACCAAGUUUACCCAAGUCUACGGCACAGGGCACCACACUGGCAGGCCCUACAGGAAACUCCCAGCGGUCAAGAGGUUUCUGCAGUGGGUGGACACGCUGAGGGAUGAGGACAUUCUGAGCCAGUCGGCCGUGGGCGGAUACUUCACCUUUCCCCAGCUCCCCGCUGCCCUGGAGCAGUUCCUGAAGGAGGGAGAAGGUGACGCCCCCGUGCUGAGCGCCAGCGAGCUGCGGCGAGAGGCCGAGAGACUGCAGUACCGGGAGCGCCGGCGGUUCGCCUUUCAGGGCACGGUGAUGGCGGUGGGGCACAGCGGGGUCCACGGGUCGUCCGCGGCACUGGAGGAGAGCGCCCUCUCAGCUGAGGCUAUGUGCGCCAGCCCCUGCCUUGUGCAGACAUCUCCCAGGAGCCCACCGACUGCCCUGUGGUCAGCUCAGCGUUCCCCGGAGAUCCCCAUCCUGCCUCGCUUUCCUCGAAGCAGCCUGGUGGCCAGCUGCCCGGCCGGGGGAUCACUCAAACGACAGCUGGGGGACAAGAGGAGCGACUGGGAGCUACAGAGAAAAAGGCCAGCCCGACCCUCCAGGACGCCUCUGCAGAGAGGCCAACAGGCUGCCCCAGAGGCCGACAGCGGUUGCACUCUCUGGGAGGCCACCAUGGAGUUCCUGCACGACGGCGAAGAAGACGCCAGCUUCUCAGCCUCCUACAGCACCGCGUCCACAGUUGUCUCCAGUAGCGGGCCGAAGUGGUCCGAGUCCUCCUGGGCCGGGGGUCGGCUCGGACAGUCUGGCAUCGCCAUGGAGACGCUGCCGCUGAAGUGCAGCUAUGAGCGCCGGGAGGUGCAGACUGCGGCAGUGGGGCUACAGCCGGGGCGGCUCCAGCAGACGCUGCCAGACGAGAAACUGCACACCUUCGCAACCGCGGCCUGCUAUGAAGGGCACUACACCUUCACUAUCGCAGACCUCGGUAAGGCCGUAGCCCUCCAGACCGUGUUCAUCCCAGCAUCCCCCGGAAACUGGCACUGGCCCCCGCUGCCCGAAUCCCACGACAACAGCUGGCCGGCCGUCCUGGCACACGGGGGUUUCUCGCCCUCCUCGGCACCCCCUGCUCCCCGUGACCUGUUGGCCACAGCCGGCCGGCUGACCAAUCGGAGGAUGGUGUUCGUGAUUGACAUGUGCCAGCUGGGUAGUGAUAGGCUGGAGCUGGUGCUGAGCCGCGCCUUCCCACUGAGCACGAGCCUGUGAGCCUCCUGGGCCUUCUGACGGCUGGCCAGCACCUCUGAGGCUCGUGCUGAUGUUCCGGAUGUUCAAAAUGCCAUGCGACAGUGUGACCCGUUUUGUUUCACGAAGCCCAGCUCGGUUCUGUUGAGAUCAGGCCGAGCAGCAAGACGUGGGGCUUCCUGGUUACUCCAGCGAUCAUGGUGAUCUAGAACUCAAUCUGGGGUCUCCAGGGCUGUGCACACUGAACAUUUUCUUUCAACACCAUCAUGGCUUUAUUUGCAUUUUUAGUCUGGAGUAGUUUUUAGUAAAGACUGAAUUAUGAUCCUACUGCUUUUCAGUUUUUGGUACAGACCUGUCUCAGGCCAGGAGUGAAGGAAGACAUUUGAACUGAACACCUGUCAAACUUGACACUAUAAAAAGGGUGUUUUUUAUUUCAAACUAUAGGUGGGUCAAAAUUGUGUUGAUGUAAUACAGGCUAAGAUGAGUUAAUUGUAUUUAUUUAUUUGAAUGUUGUGUAUUUAUAUUGUUGGACGUUGCAGAGCCCUGAGGUGCAGGAAUGGGAUAAGCUCAGGGUGGGAGUGGGAGCUGUCCCUCCCUGGUGGUGCUGAAACCAGCCCACACUGGGGCUGUGGUGGUGCAGUGAGGGUGUCGUUCUUCCAGAGGGCUGCGCUCUGAGGUGCUGUAGUAGGGGUCUCUCUCUCUCAGCAGAGGGACACCCCCCAUUACAACUUCCUCCCUUUCUUUGUGCUGCACUCUGACAGCACCAGGGCUAGGGUGCCUUCUAGGUGCCAGGGCAGAGCGGUGGCACUGUGGCUAAGGAUCUGCACCUGUGGCUGAAAGGUUGCUGGUUCAAAUCACACGGCCAGCA